AAAAUAUCCAGUCAAAGUCCAAAGCCUAUGUUAUCUUAGUAUUUGGUACAAACGCAAAACGCACAAACAUCUAUUGGCAAACGCACGCUAAGUACUUUUGUCUGUCAUUUACUCUCAACUCUCUUGUAUUGCAGUGGAAAGCCAAAUAAUUGGAGAGAGAAAAACAAGCUUUGUGGCCAUGGGUUAAUUUGGCAGUUAUGGAAGAAAUAAAAGUAACAAAUCUGGGGAGCUCUCUUCCGGUACCUUGCGUUCAAGAGCUAGCGAACGAGGCACUGACUACGGUGCCACCAAGAUAUGUACGGUUGGAUCAAGACCCUCCUUUUGUAUCUGACACCUCUUCGUUACCCAAAGUUCCAGUCAUCGACAUGCAAAGCUUAACUUCCAAGGAUCUCAUGGACAAGGAGCUGGAGAAGUUGCACCAUGCUUGCAAACACUGGGGUUUCUUUCAGUUAAUAAACCAUGGGGUGAACACUUCACUAUUAGAGAAUGUGAAGUCGGGCAUUCAAGAAUUCUUUAAUCUUCCGGUGGAAGAGAAGAAGUUGUUUUCACAACAAACAGGAGAUAUAGAGGGUUUUGGGCAAGCCUUUGUUGUGUCUGAGGAGCAGAAGCUUGAUUGGGCAGACUUGUUCUACAUGAUCACACUUCCUGUCCAUUUGAGGAAGCCUCAUCUGUUUCCUAAGCUCCCUCUUCCAUUCAGAGAUACCUUAGAAGCUUACUCUCUUGACUUAAAAGCUCUUGCGAUGAAAAUCCUUGACCUCAUGGCAAAAGCUCUCAAAAUGGAAGUUUUGGAUAUGAAAGUGUUGUUUGAAGAAGGGCAUCAAGCCAUGAGGAUGAACUAUUAUCCUCCAUGUCCCCAACCAGAGCUUGCUAUUGGCCUCAGUUCUCACUCUGAUGCAGUUGGUCUAACAAUCCUCCUACAAGUUAAUGAGAUGGAAGGUCUCCAGAUAAGACAAGAUGGGAUGUGGAUUCCCGUGAAACCCCUCCACAAUGCUUUUGUUGUCAACAUCGGAGAUAUUUUGGAGAUUGUGACGAACGGUAUAUUCCGUAGCAUCGAACAUCGAGCAACAGUUAAUUCAGAAUGUGAAAGACUCUCUAUAGCUACAUUUUACAGCCCAAAGCUGGAUGGGGAUAUGGGACCAGCACCAAGCCUUGUUAAGCCAGAGAGGCCUGCAUUAUUCAAAAGAAUAGGGGUUGCAGAUUACUUCAAGGGAUUUUUUUCCCGUGAACUCCAUGGCAAAUCGUACGUGGAUGCCAUGAGGAUCUAAAAGGAGGAAGAUAAAAGUAUUUGAACAUAUUACACAUGUAUUAAUGUGAAUAUGAGUACCCUUAAGACCUUAUAAGGAAAUAAAUGUUACAGGAAUGAUUGGAAAACAUCAUUAUUUUUAUGUGAGUGCAAACUAGUACUACUGUUAAUAAUCGCUAUUAUAUUCAGGCCAGCUUGUGAUGAA